AUGGCGGAGACUACGGCAGGAUCGGAGCAGACUCCCCUCCUCGAAACCGCCUUAGAAGUCACAAACGGUAACGUAGGCACUUCGAAUGCUACUGUUCACACGAGCAGCUCUGAAACUGAAUACGUGACAACACAAGCCGUAGGCAAGGUGCAGAUUGGACGUGUCCUUCCUUUAGCUUUUACGGUAGCUUUUGCGAUAGCAGCAACCUCCGCGACCACCAUAUUCGCCUAUGCCAGCAUUUUGUGCAAAGACCCUGCUCAUUGUGAGCAUGGGGAGAAGCAACGAUACGCCGGAGUAGUCGCACUAGCCACCACUGUAGCCAACGUAUUCGGCGUGAUAGCUGUUGGCUUCUUACAACAAUGGACCAAGUCUCAUCCUAAACUUGGACUGUAUCUAUGGCUGGCGUGUCGAGCCACCGGCAUAGCCUUCUUAGUAGUUGCUGUGUUACUGCGUAGCAUAUAUGUCGCGAUCGCGGGACGAGUCUUCGAAGGUUUGGCGACAGACAACAUACUUCAUUACUGCCUUUCGGCAAUAUACGUUCGGGUCAAUGAUCAAGCUCGAUUCUCGCAGCUGAUGGGAACUUCAUUAGCAUUGUACAUGGCCGGCAUGUCAAUGAGUCCUGUGACCAUGACGCUAUUGCCAAACUUCUUCUUCAGUUUCAUCGUUGCUAUUGGGGUGUUGGCACUGUCAUCAGUCUACCUGAAGGGCUUCGUUACAAUCCCUUCUUCGGACGUGGACACUAAUCAGCCAAGUCCAGAGACAACAUCGCCACAUUCUGAAGGAGGUCGUGCUUUUUUCUUGAGUCCCAUCUUGUAUCUGUUGAAGGAUCGCCAUGCCUUGUUGCCAGGUCUCGCUCUUUUGCUGUACAACACGACGCAGGCUUACCUCUUUCCGGCGAUAAUGGUUCAUGCUGCAACCAAGUUUGCUUUUACGGACACUGAGAAUAACUACAUAGUAUCUCUUGCAGCUGCCACUUCUUCCGUCUACCUGUUCGUUGUUCUUUACCUGAUUCCGAAGCUCGGCAAUGUUUUCAGUCGGACGAGAAAGGGGAACUCCCAUCACAAUACGUCACCUCUUCAUGGAACGUACUGGCAAGAUGGCUCUGAGGUAACAGGUACUCGUUUCAGUGGGGACUUAUUCUAUGCACUACUUUCAACGUCAACGCAGCUUGUUGUUCUACCAUGCUUCGUCAUAGCUGGUGCAGCACCAAUGUUAUAUGCCUUGGUGGUCCUUGUGGCCUUGGGAUUAGGCGCUCCUAGUUUCAUCAAAAGCUAUGCGGUGCUGGUGGGCAAUGUGAAAGAAUCGGUUCUGGCCAGCAUGGUGAUAAUGGAGAGUGUCGGCGGUCUUCUAUCCCCCAUAGUCCUAGGAAUGGCUCAGAGCUUGACAGAUGAUGGAGGAGUUUUUAUCAUAGCAUCUGCCUCGGUUGGUGCGGCUGUGCUGUGUUUAAUCGGAAGCCUUCUCGUGAAAAGAUAG